AUGCUGUUCCUCCAGGCACAUGGCAUGCUCAGCUUGGUGGCGGACCUGUACCAGGUGGCCCAGGUCUGCAAACAGGCGAAAGAGGCGGGAGGCUCCGAGACCGUCAACCUCCAAGGGUCGUUCAAGCAUGCGCUCGAUCUCCUCCUAUCCCGCCUCGAAGCAUGCCAAGCUACCGAAGACAGCGCGAGGGAGGCUCAGGAGAUGAUGAUCUUGGACGAGCACCACAACAUCCCUUAUUUGGAGUGGAAAUCGAAGGCCAAGGCACUCCAGAUCAAAAAGGACAAAGAGGCGCUGCCGAUGAGCGAAGCACUUCGCAUCUUGAAGGGCUUGCAGCAGAGGCUGGUGCUUAUCCCCUUGGUCGUGAUGCGAUUUCACUCGACCCGCAAGUUGGUGAAGGAGCACAAGGGCGAAAUCCUGCCGAUGAUGUUCCAGAUCGACUAUCGGAUAUCGAACCCCAGAGGCACAGCUGACGUGGAGCCACCUGAGCCGCCUCACACACAGCGGUCUCUUCCGCACUUGAGAAGAUGGGCAGGAGCGCACUGGAAAUCGCCUCCAGCCGUCUGGGAAUGGCUUCGAAGGCAGACCAGGUCGGUUACACCAUGGAAUCACCUAGCCUGGAGGGCUGCCCACACGGGGUUGCGACAACCCAGCAUCCAGCAUGACGUAGGUGAGUACUCAUCCUUUCUGCGCGCCCGCAUGCACUGCAAUGCCGUGGGAUUGCGGGAAUCGCGCAUGAAAUUAAGUGAUCAGCCGGCCAGGCGUGUUGAUCGGGGCACCAUUUGGCCCGUCUUCUUCCAGGAGCCUGUAGAAGGCAGGGCCCGGCCAAGCAAAACAGCAGUCAGCAUGCAAUCACUCCUUGAUGCUUGGGCCCAGCAGGAGGGUGAGCACGCUUUGGUGAAAGUUCCCGCCGUGCUCUGCUUGAUCAACAGGUUUAACAUAGGUAGCGCGGAUUCACAUAAGUCGGUUCAGCCGGUGGUUCCAGAGCUGCAAAUCCCAAUGCCAAAGUUCUGCCACGACGUGCAAAUCGGAGAUGCACUGCAGUACGGCUAUGUGCUGUACGCCGCAAGGCCAUGA